CUCCUUCCUGGUUCCUCUUGUUCUUAACCUCUCUCUUCCCUGUAUUCUUCGAUGCCUUCUUCCCAAAUGAGUUACUCCUUCAGGUACAGCAACCCCUUCCCUGUAUUGAUCAAGAUCAACACCAAUCUCCUCCUCCUCCUCCUCCUCCUCCUCCUCCUCACUGCCAUAAUCCAAGAAACCAAAUCAGAGGACCCAAAAUUCGAAGCUUGCAAACCUCAGAGCUGCGGCCAUGGUCCUAACAUAAGUUACCCUUUCUGGAUUCCUCUCCUCCAAAAGAGCUACUGUGGAAACCCAGAUUACAAUGUAUCCUGCUUGAACGAGGAACCAACCAUUUUGAUUUCCAACGACAACUACCUCAUCAAAGACAUCUACAAUAACAACUCGCUUCUGGUGAUGAACAAGAAAGCAGAGUCCACUAAUUGCUCUGUUCCUCUGCACAGUUUUACACUCAAAGAUACUCCUUUUGAGUUCAACCACAAACCCCUCAAUCUCUUCUUCUUCUAUAACUGCACAAGAUCCAUCCCCUUAGAAUCUCAAUCAUUUCCUGUUAAUUGUGAUAUCAAUAUUACUGGGAACCACUCGUUCGCCAUUUUUGAACAGGAUUUGAGAUCCCUGAAUCUGAAUUUUUCUCUCCAGCGAUGCAAGUCGACUGUGAGUGCUCCCAUAGACAUGAAUAGUACGAAUUUGGGGGAUUUUAAAGAGAUGAACUACUCGAGUUUGUUACGUAGAGGGUUUCUAUUGAAAUGGAAUGAGAGUAGUAAUUGCAGUGAGUGCCAAGCAAGCGGUGGCCGCUGUGGAUUUGAAAAUAAAGAGUUCUGGUGCUUCUGCCCCGAUAAACCCCGUCGGCAAAGCUGCACAGCUGGGAGCAGUAUUCCAAUUUGGGAACUCUUUGUUAUACUAGUUAUUGUACUGAACUUCAUAUUUGCGGUUAUAUUACUGGCAAUUCGUAUGAUAAGAAAGUUUUCAUCAAAUAGAUUGAUGUCAUUAUGGAAGAGCAGAACAAGAAACACUCAAAAUGUCGAGGCUUUUCUUAGGAAUAAUGGAUCCCUUGCACCCAAAAGGUAUAGUUACUCAGACAUUAAGAACAUGACAAAUUCAUUUAAAGAAAAAGUGGGCCAAGGUGGCUACGGUGGCGUAUUCAAAGGGAAGUUGCCCGAUGGUCGUUUGGUUGCAGUGAAAGUCCUAAAUAACUCUAAAGGUGAUGGGGAAGAUUUUAUUAACGAAGUUGCAAGCAUUAGUAGGACUUCUCAUGUUAAUAUUGUCACUUUUCUGGGAUUUUGUUGUGAUGACUCCAAAAGAGCACUUAUAUAUGAGUUCAUGUCAAAUGGAUCUCUUGAAAAGUUCAUCUAUAUGAAGAGACCAUCGAAAACAUGCACUCAUCUUGAUUGGUACAAACUACAUCAAAUUGCAGUUGGCAUUGCUCAGGGAUUGCAGUAUUUACAUGGUGGUUGCAAUACUCGUAUUCUACAUUUAGACAUUAAACCUCAUAACAUUCUUUUAGAUGAAGACUUUUGUCCAAAGAUAUCCGACUUUGGUCUUGCUAAACUAUGUUCUAGAAAAGAUAGCAUCAUAUCAAUGGCUGCUGCUAGAGGGACAGUAGGAUAUAUUGCACCGGAAGUGUUCUCGCGGAACUUUGGAGCAAUUUCACAUAAGUCGGAUGUCUAUAGCUAUGGAAUGAUGGUAUUAGAAAUGGUUGGAGGACGAAGGAACUUCGAUAUGGGAUAUGAUCACACUAGUGAAAUUUAUUUUCCGCAUUGGAUAUAUAAGCAUUUUGGAGAAGGUGAGCAUUUACAUUUAGACAUGGUUAUGAGGGAAGAGGAAGAAGAAAUGGCAAGAAAGAUGGUUUUAGUGGGUUUAUGGUGCAUACAAUUGGAUCUAGUAAAUCGACCAUCAAUGAGCAUAGUGGUGGAUAUGUUAAAAGGAAACCUUGAAUCUUUGCCAAUUCCUCCCAAACCUUUCUUAUCUUCUCCUUCCAGAUAAAAUUUAAUAGAUCAAUAUUUUUGUCAAGAUAUAGAUAACAUUCACU